UUGAUAUUUUAUAACAUUUUAUCAAUUUUCCUUUCAUAUAACAUGUAAAAUUGUUUGGUAUUUAAUAAAGAAGAAUAAGCAUGGGAUUGAAGUUCUGAAAACCAAGCAAGAGAAGAGAAUUUUUCACUUUUAGGACUGUACCACCAAUUCUUGAACUAAAUGUGAAGCAAUGAAUUGUUAAUUUUGUUGCUCUCUUUAGCUAAAGUUUAAUAUGCUUUUGGUGGUUGCUCUUUUGAAAUGGAAAGAAUUUACCGUACCCUGUUGUGAUCUUCAUUUGUUUCACCUACUUAACUUCUCUUUAGUUUGUCUCUCCUUAGCCAAUUCCUCAAGUCACCCUUUGAUUCUUUUUUUGCCUCCCUAAACCUUAUAUAUUAUUAUUCAUAAAUCAUCUUCCAACAUGCUUCAUCAUUAUUCAUUACACUAACACUUAAUAUUUCUUUUUUCUCUCUUUAAUUAUUUCUUCACUUCAUCAUAUUUUCAAGGCAUCACCAGAUAUUGAAGUCCUUUUAAGCACCACCGGAAAGUCUCUGACCGUCGCUGGAAAGAUGGAUCCAUCAACACCGGUUUCCCAUACGAUUAAUAUUUCUGGAAUCUCACAAGAAAGCUUUCAGGAAGAGUCUCUCCUAUCUUGCAUUGAACGAAAAUUGGAAGCCAAUUGUUCAUCCUUUACCAUCUACAAAGCUCCAAGCGAAAUCAAUAUUGAAGAUAGAAACGUCUUCCUUCCCGCCAAAGUCUCAAUCGGCCCUUUCCACCACGGCGCUCCACAUCUCGAAUCUGUUGAAAAGCUCAAGUGGCAUUACUUGUCCACUUUCUUGACGCACAAACCGUCUCUCACUUUACAGGAUCUUAUUAAACUCGUUGUAAAAUCGGAGAGCCGGGGGAGGAAAUGCUAUGAGAAAGAGUUUUAUAGUUCGGAUAGGGAUGAGUUUUCACAGAUCAUGUUGCUUGAUUGCUGCUUCAUUCUUGAGUUACUUUUGCGAUACACGAAAAGGAGGUUCAGGCGCCCGAAUGAUCCUGUUUUCACUACUCCUGGUUUGCUUUACGAUUUAAGAUGCGAUUUGGUGUUGCUUGAAAAUCAGAUUCCAUACUUCCUUCUCGAAGAAAUUUAUGCAAAGGUGCUAGAUGGGUUAGAGGAAAAUAUGUAUCUCAGUGACCUGACCUCCCGAUUCUUUAGAACUAUGGUACCUGGAGACCGGAAAUUUAUCGGCGAUAACUUCAUAGUGGAAGCAAAUCAUUUACUCGAAAUGGUGUAUUCUUGUUUCCUCUCCACCUAUCCGCCAGUUGAGACGAACGACAAAUUGAAAUCGAAAGAAUUACCUAGUGCGUCGAAGCUUAAAGCUGCCGGAAUCAAAUUCAAAAACGCCAGAUCUUCAAAAAGCUUAUUGGACAUCAAAUUUCAGAACGGCGUCCUUGAAAUUCCGCCUCUAAGAGUGUACCAGAAAACGGAGACAAUUCUGAGGAAUCUUGCUGCUUAUGAAAUCUGUCAAUUCGGAACCGAUCUGCAAGUGAAAUCGUAUCUCAAUUUCAUGAGCCACCUUCUCCAGAGCGAUGAAGACGUGAAGAUACUGUGCAGAAAGAAAAUCCUGAAUGCUUUGAAGGACGAGGAGGAACAGAUUAUUGAGAAACUGAAAUGGAUACGCGAGCAGAAGGAUAGCCUAUCGGGAACGUUCUUUGCCGGCAUUGUUCAAAAAUUAAAAGAGAAGCCGGACCGAUCCGUCGCGCGGUGGCGGAGGCUGAGAAGCAAUUCGACGGCCAUCAGCGUUGCCACCGUUUUGAUGGUGGUUGUGAUCUUCGGCGCGGCCUUUUUCGCUGCAUUUUCAGUACUUCAGCGCCGUUACAAAUAAGUUUCGGAGUCCAAAGACGUCUAAACCGUAUCAAUAAGUUUCCGUUUUGGCAAUCACUCCCUAAACUUACCGAUUUUUACGAUUAUAAACCCUUCACUGUUGCAAAAUUAAUUUCGGACAUUCAUUUUUUUAAUUAAAUUAUAUCAAAAAAUAAUUUGAGUAAAAAUAAAGAAACUACGGAAAAUAGUUUCUUUUAAUUCUUAUUUUAUUUAAUCUUAAAACUUCUAAUUUGCUCAUUGGUGGAAA